CGGCGGGGCGGAAGCGGGACGGGACGGCCCCGCCCGCGGGGCGCACCGCCCUACGCGCCCGGGCAGCAACACGGCACCGCGGCGGCUGCGUUCCCGGGGCUCCUCCCUUUGUGCUGCCGGCGGCGGGCCAGCCCCUGCGGCGGCCGAGCCGGGUCAGCAUGGACGCGCGGGCAGCGGCGGCUCCAGGAAUGGAGGGGAAGAAAAUGAUUUCUGCAACAGACACACAGUAUUCUAGUGUGCUCCUUCAGUCUUUGAAUGAACAACGUGACCAUGGGCUUUUUUGUGAUGUUACUGUCAUAGUGGAGGACCAGAAAUUUCGAGCUCACAGGAACAUCCUUUCGGCCUCAAGCACUUAUUUUCACCAGCUUUUCUCAGUGGCUGGGCAAGUGGUUGAACUGAGCUUUGUAAGAGCAGAAAUUUUUGCAGAAAUUCUUAACUAUAUUUAUAGUUCCAAAAUAAUCAGCAUUCGAUCCGAUUUACUUGAUGAACUGAUUAAGUCAGGGCAACAGCUGGGUGUUAAAUUCAUAGCUGAUCUGGGCGUACCUCUGUCUGAAGGAAAAAACAUGCCAAGCAAGGUCAAAGAUGGUGCUUCAGAAACGUCAGCGUCUAGUCCAGCUCAAAAGGAUGCUGAAACCCAGGUACCUGCAAUCAGGCCAGAGAGCCAAGAGGUAAUGGAUGGGAUGCCAGUUAUAACACAAUCAUUCUCCUUACAUGGCAUAGAAUAUGAGACUACAAAAAUUACAGUGAGUGAUUCAGAUGAUGAGGAUGAUGAUGUAAUUUUCUGCUCCGAGAUUGUUCCUCCAAAAGAAUGUACUAAAGAAACGAAUACUGCAACCCAGAACCAGCCUUGCCCAAGUCCAGCUGGAGUUUCUGACCAAAAAUCUUGUGGCAGCGGUAGCUCUCCCCAUUUGACAAGUGCCACAGCAGCUCAAAAACUCACUUCGUCUGCCACUCAGCUAAGCCCAAACCAAACACAGUCAAGCGCCGAAUCACUUGUCUCCGCAACACCGCAACAUUUGACUCCUAAUAUCAUUGUGCUAAAUAAGCCUCUGCUUAACUCAGCGCUUGGUGCCUGCUCCUCACAUCAAACACAUGUGACCCCUACAAUUAAUUUAGUUGAGGAGAACCAGCAGCCUUCAAAUAAUGGAUCCCUAACUGAAGCAGAAACAACUGCUGUUGAUGACGAAGAGGUUGUUGAAGAUGAUGUCGAUAUCAUUAGCUCCUCUAGUCCUGCUUCAGUCAGCAGUAGCUCUUUGAUUCAGCCACCUUCUGUACCCAAGGCAGCAAGCACUGAAGGAUCAGGUGUACAGAAAAAACAGGUCGUUACAUUUUCACAAGAGCCAUUUGCUAAACCUGGAGAGUUAAAAAUAAAAAUCUCAGAUGUCCUUUCUGGAAACAACAAGGAAUUCAGUUCAGGCGUAUCAUCAACGCAUGUGGCUGAAGGGCAGAAAAUCAUAACAUUAGAUACAGCAACUGAAAUAGAAGGGCUGUCCACAGGCUGUAAGGUUUAUGCAAAUAUCGGUGAGGAUACGUACGACAUAGUCAUUCCUGUAAAGGGUGACUCCGAGGAGCGCGAAGCCAAGCCCGACGAGACGCCUAGAACAUCCGAUGGUGAUUCUUCAGACAGGAAACGCAUGAAAGUAAAGCACGAUGACCACUACGAGCUCAUAGUGGAUGGGAGGGUCUACUACAUUUGUAUGGUGUGUAAGAGAUCGUACGCGUGUCUGACGAGUUUACGGAGACAUUUUAACGUUCACUCCUGGGAGAAGAAGUAUCCCUGUCGAUACUGCGACAAGGUUUUCCCUCUUGCAGAAUACCGUACAAAGCAUGAAAUUCACCACACCGGCGAGCGAAGGUACCAGUGCUUGACGUGUGGCAAAUCUUUCAUCAACUACCAAAUUACGGCCUCCCACAUAAGAUCGGUUCAUAGCCAAGACCCUUCUGGAGAUACCAAGCUCUAUCGACUGAAUCCUUGCAGGUCUUUGCAGAUCAGACAGUAUGCGUACAUCACUGAUCGCUCCAGCAGUAUACCAGGAAUAAACGAGGGCGGCAUCGUUUAUCGUGUUGGCACCGGGAAGGAUGGCACGGAAGGAACAACUUCUGACCCUCCAGCCAAACAGAUUUCCUGGGAUGACAUUUUCGUUCCACAGGGAAACGAAGCAAUUUUUAAACAAAAUCCAUCAGAGGGAAGUACUGAAUUUGAGUUUGUAAUACCAGAAUCUUACUGAAUCAUGUUAAAUACUGGAAAAAGGAUUCCGUGCAGAAAUAUUGCAGCUGUUUUAAAUGAACUGUUAAAAUCACUGUAAAAUCAAAUGUUAAAGCGAAAACAAGUUAACUUGUUCUAGCAAGUCAUCAAAUGGUAGCACUUAGAUGGAUCAUUAGUAGCUGCAAGUCAUUUGUGGAAACGAUUAAUCUGAAUGUUUACUUGAACAGACAAUAAGACAUUUCCGAGGAGCUGGCAGUGUUUCCUGGUAUCUUAAUUUUGAUCAAAACAUGGGGAUUUGUAGCUUGAAAAGGUACAAUUUCUUCAAAAGAGCAAGAAAUAUUUCUUCUAAAGUAAUUGAGGUAUUUCCUGUACCCAUACUUACAAUGUAAACCCUUUCAUGUUAGCACUUUAACGCUGAAUUGUAUUUAGAUGUUAACCAAGGAAAAAAAUCAGAUUUUUCAUCAUAGUCCCUUGAAUGUGGAACCAUUUAAAAAAACAAAUCCCACAACGCAUUUUUGCAAACAGCGCAAGGGUCCAAAAUAACUCAUCCAGUAGUUUGGUGUAUUCUUGAACGAGCAGCUUAGUUCUGCUUUUAUAAGCACUAUGAAUCAUGUCCUCAUGCAAAUAGUCUUGCUAACAAGAGCCACUCAGUCAGGGCUAACUUGAACCAACUCCUUUUAUACUUGGCACUAUGGUGAGCAGAGUAUUCAGUGUCUGGACCAUUAUAUUUUACUCUUUUUGCAAUGAGGAAAAAAACCCCAAACCCACAAAGCUCAAUAGUGAAGAAGCUGAAACAGAUUUGGAUUUUUCUCCCGCACUUAUAGGGUAUGGAGGCAUGAGGACUAAACCAACAAUCAAAAAAUACCCUCUAUCCACCAUAAUCCAAAGUGUCAUUUCUCUGCAGUUGUCUAGUCACCUAUUUUCAGUUUUAGGUUUGUUAUAUUGUCCUUUUUUAUUCCUUGCAAUUGGUACAUGUUCAGACACUUGGAUGACAAAUUGGAUAUUUAACUGGAACAGGAAACAGUAGAUCUGAAAAAACUCAACAGCUGCUUACUGGAGUCAUAGUUUAGCAUUUCAGAUUGAGCGACUUGUUGAGUUUUUGUAAAUGGUGAUAUGAAAACUGCUCAAGUUCUAGAGACGACUGAGAAAGAUUAUCAUGCAUAGUACUAGUUAUUGUGACCUUUCAUCGCUUAACUUAAAGGUUUUUACUUUUUCAAGUAAGCAUCUUAAUCGUAUGAACUUCAAGGUUAAGGUUUUAGACAUGUAACACUCUAGACAGAAAGACAUCUAAAUGGUAAGUGGUUCAAAUACCACCUGAGCUAUAAAAAAAGGGUACCAGAAAUCUCUCGAGUAAUGAUGUUACAGGCUGGAUGUUGUCUGGGAUGGCAUUUCAGCAGCAAAACAUAAUCCUCACGAGACAGAAGUACCGAUGGCCUGUGUCAGCACAGGUAGCUCUGGCCUAGCUGGCUGCAUGCUAAACUGAGACUUCCCCGACUUUUUAACAAGAAAAACACGUUAUUUUUGUUAUUGACAUGACACAUCUGGAAUUAAGCAUACAUCUCAAAGUGUACAUUCAAGAAUAAUGAAACGUAACGGCUAUCAAUAUUUGCUGCUGAUAUAUUUAAAACCUUAAAUUGAACUGUGCCUACUAAAGGUCUCUUUUUGGAGGAAAACUGGAAAAUUAGGGCUUUGUAACUAUUUUUGCUAGAAGACUCGUGCUUGCAUGUGUCUCAGGGUCUUCAGUUUUCCUUGGAAGUGAUUUUUGAUAUCCAAAGUCCAGAGCUCAUGUAAAGCAUUUGUUUUGUUUCACUUCCAGUAUUUAUUGGUUUGGAAACAUGUUAAAUCCAUUCUUUUAAGACUUUUUAUGGGGCCAUGAGCUUUUAUAUUUAGAUUUUUGGCUAUUGCACUUCUGUUUGUGUUUUUUUUUGUUUUUGUAAACACUUAGCUUUCAUUUUAACUUAAUGAAAACCUUAUGUAAAUACUAAGGAGUUGGCUUCGGGGUAACAGAUGAAAAAGAUUGAAUCUGAAAAAGCAUUUAUAUAAAAAUUUAAAAUGUCAACAGAGUAUGGUAACAGACCUCACAGUCAUUUAUAUGCAUAUAAACCCAUUACCAGAUCUGCUGCAAAAUAUGAUGAUGGUGGCUGUAUCCUCACUAUAUGGUUCCUUUGGGAAUUCGCACCAUAGCAUUCCAGUAUAUGAAUUAAAUAAAUACUAAGAUAACAAUUGACUGCUUAUUUAUUUUGUCCUGCUAAGGCAUGCAGCUUAUAAAAAGACGCAGAAGCUGACGACUAUAUACAUUGAACAUUGGCUUCUACAGCUAUUGCCCGGGAACUGUUCCAUGUGAAACGUCUAUCACUUUUGCCAGAUCUGUAAUGUAUAUAGUUGUACAGUCUUUCCUUAACAUACUUUUUAAAGUUGUGCUCUACUUUUCAUUAAUCAAUACUUGAUAUUAGUUCUUAGAGCUUUCUAUGGCAAAAAUAAUUAAAAAAAGUUUAAUUGUAAA